ACACAUGCACACGCAGGCAAAGGCGCUCACUCACUCACUCACACACAUGCACACACACACGAGCGCUGAGCUGGUGUGAAGCAGAGUGGACAGGCGAGCAGUCAGAUCUUCUGAGAAGGCGUUGAUAUUUCUCUGGAUUGCUCUUACUCAGGCACCCACGCAGUGCUGUCAGUGAGGACGAGACGACUGGUGACAGGAGAGGACUCGGCCGCCAUCGGGCAGCCUCUCAACAUUACUCCACACUUCACCAGCAGCGCCGGCCGCACUCAACUUCUCUCUCCAGGAUCACAAGGAUUGCUGAAAUAACUCACUCCCGCAAUUCGUCAACUUUUGGGCAAACACCCAAAACUCACACACACGCACACACACACACAGAAGACUGCCACAGCUGGACACCAGAGAUUUAAAAUGUGGAUUAUUACCCCUUAAAGAAAAUCACUUGUGAAAGACACUCUCAAAGGUUUCUGGGCUCCAGGCUAAAGACAUCUGACAGAGGGAAAACACGAGGAGUCAGAGGACCAUGCACUGAGAGCGAGCAUGGAGGCCGUCUCUGGGGUGGCAGCUUGGGACGGGCUGGCUCAGUCCUCUGCUGCCUCGGUGGCAGCAGUGGCGGCGGCCGCGUCGGGAUGGGUCAACCUCACCUCCGCUCUGUCUCCGGGGCCCGCCGCCAGCCCCAAUGGCACCCAUGGUGGCGGGGGGUCCUACUUCUGGCUCUUCCCUGAGAACGCCACGGGGAGUCCCCUGGGCACGCCAGCCCCUGCGCGGCAGCGGGAUCCGGCCCUGGCGCGGGCCGAGAUCGGCGUACUGGGCCUGGUGCUGGCACUCACCACGCUGGGCAACAGCUUCGUGCUGUGGGUGCUGCUUCGCCGACGCAAGCAAAACGCGCCCAUGCACGUCUUCAUGGUCAACCUGUGUCUGGCUGACCUGGUGGUGGCUUUCUGCCAGGUGCUUCCCCAGCUGGUGUGGGACAUCACAGAGCGCUUCCAGGGGCCCGACACGCUCUGCCGCCUGGUCAAGUACCUGCAGAUCGUCGGCAUGUUCGCCUCCUCUUACAUGAUUGUAGCCAUGACGGUGGACCGGCACUACGCCAUCUGCUGCCCACUACAGGCCUAUCGCGGAGGGGCCGUGUCCCGAUGCAACACCCCCGUCGUGGUGGCCUGGGCCCUGGCCCUCCUCUUCAGCAUACCACAGGUGUUCAUUUUCUCCAAGUCGGAGCUGGCGCCGGGGGAUUUCGAAUGCUGGGCCCACUUCAUCGAGCCCUGGGGCCUCAAGGCCUACGUCACCUGGAUGACCUUGGCCGUGUUUGUGUUUCCUGCUUUCAUCAUCACUGUUUGCCAGGUGCGAAUAUUCAGAGAAAUCCAUGACAACAUCUACCUAAAAUCAGAGAGGGUUGUGACAGCCGACCUCAAGAAGAAUGUUGUGUUCUUCGGCCUCCAGACUGUUAAAACGGAGGAUGAUCGAAUGAGAGGAAGAGCAGGUCACAGACCCAGGGAGCGGAGAGGAGGAGGAGGAGGAGGCUACCCUCUCCAGAAAAGCGAAAACAACCACCCAUGCCACCCAAACUGUAAUGACUAUCCAAUGGAAAAUACGUUGGACUGCUACGACUGUCCUUGUUCGAACAGCCAGUACGGCCAGUGCCCUAGCGACGUCACCCUACAGCCCUGCUCCCAUGGCAACAACAGCGCGCCCGACGUCCUCCCCACCAAUCAGAACCAUUCCAGCUCCACGGGGCCAGUCAGUCACUCUGUUUACAACCACCAGGAGCACGGCCCGCCCGCCUGCACGGAGUCCGGCUGCUACCGCGGCUCCUUCUCCUGUGACAGCAGCCCCCUCAGCACCUCCUUCCAGUCCCGCUACAGCGUGGCCAGCGGAUCGCCCUACGCCGCCCAGCCGCCCCUCAGCCCGCCACCGCCCAGCAUUUCCAGGGCCAUGUCCAAGACGGUGCGCAUGACACUGGUGAUCGUGCUGGUCUACACCAUCUGCUGGUCACCCUUCUUUAUCGUACAGCUGUGGGCAGCCUGGGACCCCAACGCACCCAUCCAAGGGGUGGCCUUCACCAUCCUGAUGCUGUUGGCCAGCCUGAACUCGUGCACCAACCCCUGGAUCUACACGGCAUUCUCCAGCAGUGUGUCGCGGGAGCUGCAGGCCCUGCUGCGCUGUCGGCCACCCUCCGCACGCCGCGGAUCACUGCCCGACGACUCCACCGCCACACACACCUCCACCACCAAGGAGAGCCUGUACUGAGACGAGACUCACACACACCUCCACCACCAAGGAGAGCCUGUACUGAGACGAGACUCACACACACCUCCACCACCAAG